AUGAUUGACAAAACGCUCAAAUUCUUAGUGGGCCAUGCCCAAGAAUCUCCCAUCGCAUUCGUGGCAUACUUCGCAGCAGCUUCCGCCCUUCUAUAUCUGCUUAUCACCGAGAUUCAAAGACACCAGGCACGCAUUCCAGGUUUUGAUGGCCCUUCAGGGUUGCCCAUGAUCGGCAAUAUCCAUCAGAUUCGCGUCAACGCAGCAGAGCAGUACCGGCUGUGGUCCCAAAAAUAUGGCCAUGUGUACCAGAUCAUGUUGGGCAACGUCCCCGUCAUAGUGGUGAACGGCAGCAAAGCCGCACGCGAGAUCUUCGGGGCGAACUCCCAGGCACUGGCCUCCAGACCGGAGUUCUACACUUUUCAUAAGGUGGUGAGCUCUACGAGCGGGACGACGAUAGGAACAUCCCCAUUUUCGGAGUCUUUAAAGAGGAGAAGAAAAGGUGCAGCCUCAGCCCUGAACAAACCGAGUGUCGCAACGUACAUCCCGCACAUCGAUGUCGAGACCCGAGAUUUCUUGAACGAGUUCCUGACUUAUGGAGAUGGGGGACGGACUCCUGUGGACCCGAUGCCCAUGAUUCAACGCCUUUCGCUGUCGCUGGCACUAACCUUGAAUUGGGGGACUCGUAUGGCAUCUCAGAACGACGAACUGUUUGGGGAAAUUACACACGUCGAGGAAGAGGUGUCCAAAUUCCGCUCCACCACGGGCAACCUGCAGGACUACAUUCCGCUUCUACGACUGAACCCCUUCAGCUUCGGAAGUGCCCACGCCCGCGACAUGCGACGCCGAAGAGACGUGUAUCUGAAGAAGCUGAAUGACGACUUGGACGACAGGAUGGCGAAAGGGACCCAUCAACCUUGCAUCCAAGCGAACGUCAUCCUCGACAAGGAAGCGAAGCUCAACAACGAGGAACUCGUCUCCAUCUCUCUGACCAUGCUCUCGGGCGGGUUGGACACGCUCACGACCUUGGUCGCGUGGUCGAUGGCGCUUCUUGCCCAGCGGCCCGAAAUCCAGCAGAAGGCUCUCGAGGAGAUCCGCAAGGUGUACCCGCAGGAUCAGAUUCUCUGCGACGCGUACGACGACCAAUCCAUCCCGUACAUCGUGGCUCUCGUCCGAGAGUUGCUCCGAUACUACACGGUCCUGCGACUCAGCCUGCCGCGCGGCACCGUCAAGGAUGUCGUAUACAACGGCCACACGAUCCCCUCCGGGAGCGUCGUCUUCCUCAACGCCUGGGCCUGCAACAUGGACCCGGAAGUCUGGGCGGAUCCCUUCACCUUCCGCCCCGAGCGCUGGCUCGAGAACCCCGACGCCCCGCUCUUCACGUACGGCCUCGGGUACCGGAUGUGCGCGGGCAGUCUCCUGGCGAACCGCGAGAUGUACACGAUCUAUCUGCGGCUGCUCAGCGCGUUUGAGAUCAAGGACGUUCGCCCGGCCGACGGGACCGGCGAGGUCGAGACGCACCCCGUGAAAGGCGUGCAGGAUCAGACGCAGCUUGUCAGCGUCCCCCGACGGUACACGGUCCGCGUGGUGCCCAGGGACGAAGAGAUCUUGAGGAGGGCCUUGAACGAAUACGAUGAAAAGCAUUCUUGA